AUGGGUGUCUGCCGAUUACUCUGUGUCCUUGUCGCGUCCGCAUUUCUCUUUCCCUCUCAUAAUGGCGCCUUGGCAGGUCUCCCACUCGUCGAUUUUGAUCGCAUGGGCACUGUCGGUAUAACUGGCUCGUUCGCUGGGCUGGGACUAUCCGACAACAACACGAUUUCGACUGUGUUCGACUCUUCGACAGCGACGGUCCUUUCUCGUUCUGCCGACGGGUCGCUCACCGCACUGGGCUCCACCGACGUUGGCGGUCGCAUUGCGGCAGGUUGUGUGUUAGGCGACGUGUACUACAUCGGCGGUACAUUCACUACUAUUGGUGGUGUGUCUGCCAACAACGUCGCGUCCUACGCUUCUGCAACGGGUUCAUUCUCUGGCCUUGGGUCGGGCGGUCCUGACGCAUCAGUGAAUGCAUUGUUUUGUGAUGUUGCUAACAACCGCGUUUGGGUUGGUGGUAAAUUCAGCUCUCCGGGUCCAUCAGUUGCCAUCUGGUCUCCACAAUCCUCGCAAUGGUCCCCCCCACCCUUUGGAGGUUUGUCUGGGGCUGCCGCUGAAGUGCUGUCCAUCAGCCCCAAUUACUCUAGUUCGGGCCUUUUUUUUUCGGGGUCGUUCAUCACAACGUUCGGAAAUGGUAGUGCAUCUUUGAAUGCGACCAACAAUCCCAACGUCCCGUAUUCUCCAGGUGCCUCCCCGUUCUCGUCAUCACUGGUUCCUAUUCCAUUGCAGAAUGCACAAAUUAUCGCCGAACCAUCCUCUACCGAUCCAAAUUAUGAUAAUAUUGAUGCCAUCCUGUGUCCAUCGGGAUCCGACGGGCCCGGUCAUACGUGGUUUGCUGAGGAUGGAGACGCUGCGGUAAUCACGGUUCGCGCAUUCUCGUUGCUCAGCGCACGGGGCAUUCGACUCGGAAAUACCUUCUUAGAUGGAAGGGGAACUACAGGCUUCAGCGUCACCACUAUACCGGACAACACCGUUCGCACGCUAUCAUAUAUCGAUCCUACGACAGGCGCAAACCUGACUUGUACCAAUCCAUGUCCGCUUUUAGACACUUCUUCUAUCCCCUACCAGGACUUCCUUUUCGAUGAGGUACUCGACAUAACUGGCUUCCAGCUCACCCUAUCUCAGUGGCAAGGCGCUGGGCCCGGCCUACAUAUUCUACAAUUACUGUCGUCAGGGGCCUUUGCAUCUGCCAUCGCUUCCAAUAACACUGAAUCUUGCUAUGCGCCAAUUGCGUCGAAUGUCUCGUUCACCGGUAAAUGGACUCAGAAGGAAGCAGCCACAGACAUACCCGCUACCGUUGAAGCAGUACUAGUUUCAACGGUUAGUGUCGGUACAACUCCACCAGAUAGUCCCAGCAUGACGUGGAUGCCCUAUGUUUCAGCAUCUGGAGAUUACGAAGUUUAUAUGGUAAUUCCCGGGUGCACCGAGUUUCAAGAUUGUGCUCUGCGCACGAGCGUUCAGGUCACCGUUUUCCCUGGGGGGGGAUUACAGCCUUCGGUCUCUACCAUAUCGCAGCAGAAUUCGGAGGAUGAGUCGACGUUGGUUUAUAGAGGGCCCAUCGUACCCUCCUCGCCUGACUUCGUUACCACAAUCUCCAUGACUUUAUCUGCCAAGCCCAACGGUGCGGGACAAAAUGGCGAAUACGAACUGGUGGCUGGCGACGUGCAGCUCGUGUUAACAAAUGCGAACAUUACUGGUGGUAUCAUUGGGGGAGGCAAUGCCACUGAUGUCAAUUCCACAAAUGGUUUUGGACUCUUUGAAUGGCCGCUUACGUCGAAGUCAACCGUGAACGCUACCAGUAUCCUCUCCAAUGCUACAGAAACUAGCAUAGACGGCAUCGCUUUCGCUUUAUUCAUGGCCAUGGGUGGCGACGUCAGCCUGACUUCCGGGAAUUCGCACAUUUCAGCAGUGGGACAACAUUCCUCGGGCACAGUCUUCAUAGGUGGAAAUUUCAACCUGUCUUCAGGAUCUGCGUCGGGCGUUGCGAACAUUGUCACAUUCAAGGAUGGUGUUUUGACUUCGUUGCCCUCCGAUGGGUUGAAUGGUGCCGUAACUUCCCUCUACAUCGUAGAGGAUAUGGUAUAUGUCGGGGGAGCGUUCGACGACACGGUUUCACCGUCAAAUGCCGCUCUCAAGGGUGUCGCUAUGUUUGAUGUUCAGCAGAAUAAAUGGGUAUCCCUGGGUGCGGGGGUCAACGGCGUUGUGACCAGUUUGGACUACUCUGACAACCUGUUGUUGUUGACGGGCAAUUUUACUGAAGUAUAUGCGGCAGAUGCUUCGAUCGGUCGAAGCGCGAUGGGUUUUGCCGCCUGGAACAAUGGGAUAUCCUCGUGGGCUAAUAGCGGGGGUUUUUUGGUCGGAAAUAUGACUUUUGUAGGCAACGUGUCAUCCGUAGGCGAUGGUCAAAGCCAAUCCCAGCUUAUUGCAGGCAAUGUCAACGUCUCAGCCCAAUAUGGUUCAACUGGCUUCGUUUUGGUACAAAACGGUGCUGGAGGUUCGCCACAAGUCGCUCCGCUUGGCGUACAGCUGGAUAGUGUGGUACCAACAACCUCGGUGAGCAAUGUACAGCGGCGGCACUCUCAUCUCCGUAGGUCGGCCGCGUCAUGGGUGCCCAAGAUUAAUGUUCUACGCUUGUUCCGACGAGAAACCUCACCUGCACUUGCUCCCCUACCUGCGGCUCCUGCGCCCUUAGCUCCUGCGGUUCUGUCAGGCGCGUUCUGGACGAAUAGUUCAUCAUCUCAAGAGAUGGUUAUUCUUGGCGGCAAUUUCACCUUUUCAUCAACCUCCGGAUCGGUUUACCAGAACGUUGCAAUCUAUGAUAAUGCCACAGCGUCGAUCAAACCUUUACAAGGUAGUCAGAUCAAUGGCACCGUUCGUGACCUUCUGGUCCAGGGAGAUUAUCUCUACAUUGGAGGAGAAUUCACAUUAGAGGGUACCAAUGCCGAUGGAUUUGCAAUUUACGAUCUUGCCACGGAACAAUGGGCAAUGUCUGGUGUGGAGGCACUACAACCUAGUUCAGGUACUAGUGUCGUCGUUCGUUCGGUGACAACAUCACCUUCGCAGUCAAAUAUAAUCGUCGUUGCUGGUUCUUUUGCUCAAGCUGGAUCAAUUGCCUGUCGUUCAAUUUGUUUUUAUGACGCUAGCACGGAGCAAUGGAGUGCUUUAGGGAAUGGGAUUCAAGGCGACGUAACAUCUGUUUCUUAUGCUGGGGACGACUGGAGCACCAUAAUUGCCGCAGGUUCGAUUGCUCUUGCUGAUAACACACCUGCGAAUGUCGCUACUUUCAUCUUGUCCAAUUCCACUUGGGCUACCAUGGGCGAUGACUCCUUACCCGGACCUGUGACGGCUGUCGCUGUCAAUGAUGGGAAUAUCAGUAGCGUGUUUGUUGCUGGCCGAACCUCGGAUGGGACAUCUGCAUUCUUGUACUACUGGGAUGGCCAGGUUUGGGCUGCUGUCGGGUCGACUCUGGAGCCUUCGACAGACGUAAUGCAACUUAUCAUGGUCCCCCUGCAAAAUACGCAUGCUGCUAACAGUAUCAUACAAUCGGAUCGUAUGCUUAUGGUAUCCGGCUAUCUGGCCGAUACUUCAUUUGGGAAUGCCUCGUCUGCGUUAUUCGAUGGGGAAACGUUCAUUCCGUACAUCGUCUCUGAGACGACCUCUGGCUUGCCGGGUAUUGUUUCUGGACUCGUAUACUCUCUUGCUUCGUUUAGCUUUACACAGACACACUUCCUCGCCACUGGUGUAGUCAUCUUGAUCUCUAUUGCCAUCGCUGCAGGCAUUGUGUUCCUCUUGGCUCUGAUUGGAAUACUCUGGACACUUUUCUCCAGAAGAGACGACAAGCUCGUCAAAUAUGACGCAGUUGAUGUUCCAGAUGACGAUGAUUCUACCCAUCGGCCUUCGUCACUACUAGCGCACAUUAAUGCGGCGACGCGAACCACCAUUCUAGGUGAUCCAUUACAACACAACCAACCCACGGAAAAGGAUAGGGACAACGUGGCAGGCCCAGUCGAUCAGGAUCCGUUUGGACCGGAUGGGAGUAACUACGUGCGCGCCGAAACGCCGUCAGAUGCCGUCAUUGGCAUUAUGAAUGGUGAGGAGACAAGCAGACCGGCUUACGCUCGGUAUUCGUUUGAUGGUGUUGGGGAGGGCGAGCUACCAUUAUCAGUCGGUCAGGAGAUUGAGGUCUUAGACGAUGGGGACGCAGCGUAA